UAAACAACAAUCAUGGCCGCUAAGCGGUUCGGAAGUAGCACCGUCGCCGAAAUCGCAGCCAAAAAAUCCCAUUUCGUGUCUAUAAACACAGUCCGAGCAACGGUAUCAGGUGCGAAGAUGUUCAGUAAAUAUUUGAACGAGAAAGGACAUCCUGAUAAGUUUGAAGAGUUUACUGUAGAGGAACUGAACGACCAGCUCAGUCAUUUUUAUCAUGACGUGCGAUCGAAGGGUGGCAAGUUAUACAAAACAACAACCCUCGACAACCUCCGACACGCUAUAAAUAGAUACCUGAAAUUACCGCCACAUUCCAGAGAUCUCGACAUUAUUAAAGAUUCCGUCUUUGCUGUCGCUAAUCAGAGUUUCAAUGAUGCCAGGAAGGAGCUCAGAGCUGCUGGCAAAGGAAACAUUGAACAUUACCAGUACAUUUGUGAAGAGGACAGAAAGAAACUGUAUAGUUCCCGUCACCUGGAUCCAUGCACACCAUAUGGGCUGAUGAAUAAAGUUCAAUUUGAUGUGAGAAUCUGUUUUUUCAAGCGUGGAACAGAAAAUUUUGAAAAAAUGACAAAAGACACAUUUGUGAUAAACGUAGAUCCUGACUCUGGCCUUAAGUUUGUGGUAAAAAAUACUGGAUUAAUGAACACUUGUAUGAGCAAUGCAAUAAGUAAUGGAUUCAUGUUAGAGGAUCCAGGAUCACUUUAUUGCCCAGUAGCAUCAUAUGAAAAAUAUCUUUCAAAGCUUAAUCCAAAAACAGAUAGACUUUGGCAGUAUCCUCGUGGAAGGCUUGCUGCAGGCUAUGAUGAAUCAAUUUGGUAUAGAAACAAGCCGAUGGGACGGGAUGGUCUUGCUGGUUUUAUGUCAAAACUUGCUAAAAAUUGUGGAAUGUCAAAACGUUAUACAAAUCAUAGUAUAAGGAUUACAGGGUGCUAAAAUGCUUUCGUCACGAAGUUUGUCCACAGGGUCAGCAAAUGUUCCACCAUACACAUCACAGACAGCAUCGACUUCCCCGCGACUAGCAUCUUUAUCAUCGUCACAAAUUAAGGCUACUUCCUGUACCACAGGCAUUCAGUGUGAUUUUAGUGGACAAUACAAGUGUAAGUGUUGAUACUGAGUCUCAGUGUAACGUAAUCAACAUGCCAGAUGCUCUGGAAUCAUUGAUGAUUGAAAAUCAGGCACUUCGCAGAGAGAAUGAGGACCUCAAACGGGAACUUUUUCAGUAUAAAUUACAAAACAUGAAGACUGAACUACCGUAAUGGCCUAGUUUAAGUUGCACAAUUCUUCAAUAAAGUUACAAUUAUGAAAUAGGAGAAGGAAAAUGCACUGCCGCACUGGGGUUCAAACCUGGUGUAGGAGUCAAUUCUUUCCCCUAUAAAAGUUUCCCCGGGGAAAGAAAUGGCUAGCCAAUUUCUUCCCCGGGGGAAACAAUCAGCUAGCCCAUUCUUUUCCCCCUAUCAGCUAUGUUAGCAGGGAAAUUUUUGGCUAGCCUAUUCUUUCCCCCCUUUCAGCUUUGGAGAUGGGGAAACUUUUGGCUAGCCGUUUCCUUCCCCCUAUCAGCUUUGGAGAUGGGGAAACUUUUGGCUAGCCCUUUCUUUCCCCCCUAUCAGCUUUGGAGAUGGGGAAACGUUUGACUAGCCCAUCGUUUCCCCCCUAUCAGCUUUGGAGAUGGGGAAACUUUUGGUUAGCCCAUUCUUUCCCCCUAUCAGCUUUGGAGAUGGGGAAACUUUUGGCUAGCCCUUUCUUUUCCCCCUAUCAGCUUUGGAGAUGGGGAAACGUUUGACUAGCCCAUUCUUUUCCCACUAUCAGCUUUGGAGAUGGGGAAACUUUUGGCUAGCCUUCAACAAAGUCUUUGACCCUGAAGACACACAUACACACAUGAGACCCUAUACCACCUUUGUGGGUAUUUAGUUGGGUGCAAUAUGUAAUAGGAUACAGAGAAAAAUGCACAGCCUGACAGGGUUUCGAACCCAGGACCUCCGAACACUAGCCAGACGCUUUACCAAUUGAGCUACCUUGUCGCCAGCGUUUAUUCCUGUCCAGUUCAGCUACAAUUAAUUGAAUGGAAUUUGCAAAUUAAAUUUUACAUUAGAUGUACAUGUAAUAAUAUAUAUAUCCGAUAUGCUGGAAUGAAUGACUACCAAAUUUAUUGAAAUUAAUGACCUUGAUCUACCUUUAAGGUCACAGGUCAGAUGGUUUAAAAUCUCCAAAAUUUGUUCCUGAGUUUCAAAAUUUGAGGGUUUCUAUAUAAGUCAUGUGACAAUUACUGAAAAUAAACAGUACGUAUUUGACAUGACCUUAAUCAAAUUUGAGGUUGAAAUGGAUUCAAUCUUCCAAAAAUGUCUUCUCUUCAAAUUCUAUAGCAGGUGAGAGAUACAGGCCCAUCUGUUUUCAGAUUUGUGACGUUCACAUAUGUUCUGGACAUGUUAAUUUUUCAUCUCUAAUCAUCAGGUUAAAAUCAAUGUUUUUGUGUUUCAUAAAACUUAAACAGACGAGCUUUAGGUGAUUUUGGUACUGGUGUUGUUUCUAUUUACAUGCAAUUAUAACGACUUUGCUCACCUGGUCUGAAGGGUUAUAAGCCUAUGCCAUGGCGCAACAUUUGGGGUCUGUCAACUUUUUCUAAAAUUCGGCCGUAUUGAACGACUGGAUUUUGACCAAAUUUGGUCAGAAGCAUCCUUAGGGAGAAGUGAACAAAUUUUGCGUAAAUAGUGACUCUAGCCUCCUAAGGGCCGCAAGGGCUGGUCUAAAUAGAGAAAUCCAUCAGAAUGAGAAAAAUGACAAUUUUUACGUACUUUCAAGGUCGCAGGGGUCGAAUGAGCAAGAGCCAGGGUCGUUGAUAUAUAUAUAUAUAU